GGGUGGGGCCAAGCUCCAAGGCUGGCGGCGGGGUAGCGGUGGGGCCUGCGAACCGCUGCGGAGCUGCGUGCCUCUCGCGAAAGACAAGACAAGGCGAGGCGAGGCGGGGCUGGCGGAGCGGAGACCUCGCGCGCCCUUGCUGAGGUGCCUUCUCCGGCGGCUGCGCUGCUCGCCUGCGGCUACGUCGCACCGGGGUCUCCAGCAUGACCGAGCUGAGACAGAGGGCAGCCCGCGAGCCGGACUUACCACCCGACGACAAGGAGUCAGAGUCAGAAGCAAAGGUAGAUGGAGAGACUGCCUCGGACAGUGAGAGUCGAGUGGAACCUGCUCCCCCACCAGCCCCUGCAGAUGAUACCCCAGAGGUCUUCAACAGGGCCCUCUCCAACUUGUCUUCAAGAUGGAAGAACUGGUGGGUCAGAGGCAUCCUGACGCUGGCCAUGAUUGCAUUUUUCUUCAUCAUCAUUUACCUGGGACCAAUGGUUUUAAUGAUGAUUGUAAUGUGUGUCCAGAUUAAGUGUUUCCAUGAAAUAAUCACUAUUGGCUACAAUGUGUACCAUUCCUAUGACCUGCCCUGGUUCAGGACCCUCAGCUGGUACUUCCUACUGUGUGUAAAUUAUUUCUUCUAUGGUGAGACAGUAACAGAUUACUUCUUCACUCUGGUCCAGAGAGAAGAGCCUUUGCGGAUCCUCAGUAAAUACCACCGAUUCAUUUCCUUUACUCUCUAUCUCACAGGAUUCUGCAUGUUUGUGCUUAGUCUGGUCAAGAAACAUUAUCGACUGCAGUUCUACAUGUUUGGCUGGACCCAUGUAACGUUACUGAUUGUUGUAACCCAGUCACAUCUCGUUAUCCACAACUUGUUUGAAGGCAUGAUCUGGUUCAUCGUCCCCAUCUCUUGUGUAAUUUGUAAUGAUAUCAUGGCAUAUAUGUUUGGCUUUUUCUUUGGUCGGACCCCACUCAUCAAGCUCUCUCCGAAGAAGACCUGGGAAGGCUUCAUUGGGGGUUUCUUUGCCACUGUGGUGUUUGGUCUUCUGCUGUCCUAUGUGAUGUCUGGGUACAGAUGCUUCGUCUGCCCCGUGGAGUUCAACAAUGAUACCAACAGCUUCACUGUGGAUUGUGAACCCUCUGACCUGUUUCGCCUGCAGGAGUACAACAUUCCCGGGGUGAUCCAGUCGGUCAUUGGCUGGAAAACCGUCCGGAUGUACCCGUUCCAGAUUCACAGCAUCGCCCUCUCUACCUUUGCUUCACUCAUUGGCCCCUUUGGAGGGUUCUUUGCAAGUGGAUUCAAACGAGCCUUUAAAAUCAAAGACUUUGCGAACACCAUUCCUGGCCAUGGAGGCAUCAUGGAUCGCUUUGACUGCCAGUACCUGAUGGCCACCUUUGUCAAUGUCUACAUUGCCAGUUUUAUCAGGGGUCCUAAUCCAAGCAAGCUGAUUCAGCAGUUCUUGACCUUGCGGCCAGAUCAGCAGCUCCACAUCUUCAACACGCUCAAGUCUCACCUGACUGACAAGGGGAUGCUCACGGCUGCCACGGAGGAUGAGUAGGGGCCAGGAGAUGGAGAGCGGGAGCAGGACUGAGCGAGGGGCAGGUUUCCAAGGCAAGCCCAAUUGGUGUGACUUAGACAAUGACAAGGCUUCCACUCACUUUUAUUUUUUUUUUAAGUGUUUUUUUUUUCCAUUGUGAGUUAAAAAAAAAUCUGUAUAUACAGUCCGUGUGCUUAUGAUUUGGGUUAAGUGAGUAAACUACAGCUUUGAGUUGGAAAGAAGUCACAGGGAUUAAAACCAUUUGGGUUUUUUAAACAAAGAAAAAUAUUUAACAACCCAGAAGACACUGUUGCCCAGCGUGGGAGCAUCUACUUGGUGAUUCUAGUCUCCAUCAAGUGAACUGUUUCUGAACUCAACCAGAGAGUGGGUGCAGAUGACCUGUUCAGGGGGAGCCUGCCGGCAGGGAGGAGGCAAAGGUACACGGCUUGAAUAUCUUUGCUGUACUGGAGAGCUGAAAGCAGGAUUGCUGCCUACUUCUCCAGCAAUCCUUGCCUUGUUGCUUUGGACAGUUGCCUUCUGCUAGGGUGGAGGAGUGAGGGCUUAAUCAGAUAAGUGUUUUAUCUAUACCAAAAUUCUGCAGAGUGUAAAUGCUGCUUUAUAAUAUGGUUUCACCUUAUUUCAUCACAGACUGAAAGAAGGUUUCAGUUUUUAAUUUUGUAAGAAAGUAUGACAUUAUUUAUAACAGUCUGGGGGAAAACACUGUAAUAUUUUAAGUCUAUGCAGUAGGCUGUACUGUAACUGAGCUCUUUCCUACAUAUUUAAGGCUCAAAUGUCUGCUAUAGGGCAGUCCAGCUAACUGUGUGUUUUCAGGGACAGUGCCAUUGAUGUGUGAGCUGUAGACCUACUGUUGCUGAUUUGUUUCUGGGAGCAUUUCCAUUAGGCAGGAAGCGGGGGGAAUUAGCUUCUGGUUUGUGCACCCUUUGUCCUACCCACCAUGUGGCUGCUGUGUUGUGUCUGUGUAUUUGUGUUUAAAAAUCUCUCUUAUUUCAUACAGUGAUUUCAAUUGAACCAUGAUUUCUUCCUUUUAGCCACAAAGUCCUGCUUAAAACUAUGGAAAACGUAACUAGAUUAGAGGUUUGACCAUUUUGAAGAUUAAAUGUAUACUUUUUAUAUACUGUAACCAGUUUAAAUGUCGUUUGUAUUUUACUGGGGAACCUUUUUUUUUUUUUAAAUGUGAUUGAUUUUUUUCCCCCCCCUCCCUAGAUAUAGGAGUGAGAUUGACUUUGGGAAGACAAGCUCUUUGCCAAGGCAACAAGCAAACAAUCAAAUGUAGUAUAAAAACUUGGUGCCCCCGAGUUAAUUAUUCUGUGCCAUGGUUUUCAUUGCCAGUUGAGGGUGCAAUGGCUUGUAGCACCUUGGUCUGUGCUGUUUUUUUAAUUGACCUGAGGCCUUGUGAAAGCUCAGUGAGUGCACAUCCAGACACAUCCGGCAGAGGGCAGACCACUCGCAGUGUUUUAGCCCACAGAUCACUGCGGGACCCUCUUUAUGUAUGAGGGAUUGAAAUACGUCCUUUCUUCUGAACUUCUACUUCCAGUUAAGCCUAGUGGCUUUUUUUUCAUGUCCAAGAUGCCCUAAAAAGAAAAUGUAUUCUUGGAAUUUUAGUCUGGGCCAUGUGACCCUGGACAGAACAUCACACUCUUGGUCCAUUUUCUGAGCUGUCUUCUAGUUCCACUAUUCUGUGAUUCUGGCUGAGCAGGCUGAUUUCACUAGAGGCUGCUUAGAGUAUUGAAUCAUGUCCUGGGCACCCAAAAAAGCAGGUGCCUUCAGCACUUUGCUAAAAGCUUGUCCUUAAGAUGAGUCAGAAUCUCAGCAAUAAAUCUUAAAACAAUGAAGUGAUAGAUAAUGAAACAGUAGUUUUCUAAUUGAAGAAUGAACUUAGAUCCCUAAACUAGAUUCAGAAGGGUACUUCAUUUGUCUCAUGUUGCCUCAGGACUGAGGCCCAGCAGCCGAAACCCACUCUUGAGAAGGGCUGCCUUUGGGAUUGGGGUGCCAGCAAUAGCAGAUGGGGCUCAUGUUUCUCUGUGGAAGUGGCUGUUGAUGAGGCAGGGGUAGGGGUCCCAGGAAGCUAAAGAUGGAGAUUCACCAGAGCUUUCAGCAGGAAGGCCACUGGGUCAGCUUAGGUUUUAUUCUGGUUUCCUAACGUGCUUUCUGGUGAAAUAAAAGGAAUUUCCUAUUCAGGUAGCCAAGGGAACAGCACCAUCUUGUGUCCAUAUAGCACAUUGUUUUUCAUUCUCCCAUUUAUUUAAAAAUAUUUCAACAUUACAGAUAAGAUUUGAGACAGUUUGUCAGAUUUUGCUAAUUGGCAUCACCAGAUCUUUUUUUUUUCUCUCCCCAGAAAUAAAAUGCGACUUUAACAAUUGAAGCUCUCUCUGUGCCUUCCCUUGUCACGAGUUCAGUGUUCAUCACUCUCAGGCAUGGUUUUAUGUUUCCCGCUUGUUUUUGUGUUCAUAAAUAUGUAAUUCUGUUUUAGAGAAUUAUUUUUUCCUAAUCUGCAUUAUAUACAUUCUCACAACAGCCUUCUGAGGUACCUCAGGCAAGAGUCAUUAGGAAACUGAGGUGAGGAAGAGUGAGGAAACUAAGGGCCAGGGAAGAGUGAAGGCCUCCCGAGACCACAUGGCAGAGUCCAGACUCUUUGCAUCCUGCAUGCUGGCCUCUAGGACAAGGUCAAGGUCAUCUCCCAGCCCCAUGGCCUUUGGGAAAGUGGCAUAAGUGCACCUCAAACUUUUCACCAUUUCUUUUCUCAUCUAUGGAGGCCUGACCUGUGGUUCUGGUUGGACUUUAAGUUGCUCAUAGUACAUUAACAAGUGAAAUUAGGAGUUGGAAGUCAAGGGUGUCACGUAAACCAGGGAGCAUCUGCAGAGGCUCAGCUAUGAGCCUAGGUGCCUGUUAUUACUCACAGAGGACCCAAGUAUUUUCCCCUUUGGAUAUGCUGCCCCUUUAACUGCACAUUUAUGUUUUAUUCAUGAAAUGGAAACCCUCCUAAGGCAGCCUGUGGCUCACUUUUUUUUUUUUUUUUUUAAAUCGUGUUCCAUAUUCUGAGCAUUUUAGUAUCCGUUGUGUAAAUACAUUUAAACUAUAUUUACUCGUAGUGCUGUAUAGUUCCAUAAUGUGUGCUUGCAACUUAUCUCUUUUCAGAAGAUGUGAAAUGUAAGUUUUAACCUCACACAGGUAAACUUUAAAACCUUUUUUUAUAGUAACCCCCCCCCCCCCGCCUUUGGCUUUUAUCCUCUAACUUGACCAAAAUUUUGCAAGAAGAUUCCAAAAUGUAUUUUUUUAAGGGAGACUAAACAGACCCUGUGAUUUGAGUUUGAGUUGACUAGCUUAGUUGGCUAAAGCCUGAUUCUGGAUCCUUGAGUUCACAUCUUCAGAAUGUUAGUGAGCUCCCAGCCAGCUCAGGGCCAUCCCUGCCUCUGGACAGAGGUGGAGGGAGUAUGAGAAUGACUCAGGGCAAAGAACGUCACUGCUUGCUCGGAAAAUCAGUCAGCCUGUCUUUGCCACGGGCAUAUUAUUCCAUUAGGAGACAGCCUGAGGUUGAUUUCCAAGUGAGUUGAUUUUUAUCACUCUACCAAAUGUGGUACAUCAUUGCCCAGACCUCUUCCUGAUUUCAUAAUCUUUUAGGCUACAUCACCUUGUUUUCAAAGUAACUCACAUCUGUGCCCUCCUUUCUUGUGCACUGUCGAUGUGCUGAAAAAAGAGUGGAGUGGGGAGGGGUCAUUUCACUUGGACCCAGGGUUCUAGGUUCAGUUCCUGUUCUACCGAGGAGAGGGGAAGGGAGGAAAGCAUAAGGAGUAGAUGUCCAGGUGACUGUUGUGUACACAGUACAAGACAGUAAGCCGCAGACAGACUCUGACUUGUGCUUGUCUAGAGCAUGGCAUUCAGGAAGAAGAGUUGGGACACAAACUACCAGGUCCCCUGAGAGGGGGUUAAUUCUUGGUCAGAGCUUCCAUGUUUCCAUCUGUGUCGUAGACAAAACCAACUUCCUUUUCCCUUUAUCACCCCUGACCCAGUUGCCCAGCUUCCAGUUUUUAAAGGGAUUAACAGCUCCUACUUCCUGACUUUGUUUUCCUUAUUGUGUGGGGUCCUUGGUGCACAACCUGCAUAGGGUGCUGGGACUUGGACCCAUCGCGAUGAAGCGGCCUUCUUUAAGAGCGGUCCUGGAUCCACCUCCUCUCAGUCCUGAACUCCUCACCCACAUCCCAUUCAGAAGAUGGAUCCCAUUCUUAGUGAGGAACGGAAUCUCUGCUGCCAACUUUGUGUUUCCAUUUGAAGGUGUCUUUACCUUUUCCCCAUCCCCCUAAUCAGGUUUGUCAAAGCUUUCUUUACUCACUGGGCUCUCAGGUGGGUGGAACUUGGUCUGCUCAUGCUUACCCAGGGCCACCUCUUGAUUAAGACUUGCAUUUGUUUGUAUGGGGACCAUAUUUUCCUAGGCAGAGAUUUUAGCUAUGAGGGCAGUUUGGGAGGUUUAGCUUGGAUGGUGAACUAUUGGGGUUUCUAGGACUCGUGGAUGGUUUAUGAGACUACAGGGGAAGAAGAAUAUGUAAAGUCUAGAAUUUUAUGAUCAGUGAGUUUCAAAUCUGUUUGUUUGAAAACCCUGUCCCUUUUCCUACUCCACCAAAUGCCUAUCUGUUGAGGUUCUAUCUCUAUUUAUUCUUGAGCUAGUGAGAUGCCAGCAUCAUGUUUAUUAAUAAUAACAGCAAAAAUAGUAAUAGUAAUAGUGCUUAAUAUGUGCCAGGCACAGUGCUAAGAGUUUACAUAUAUUAUCCCUUUUAAUCCAGAAAACAUUCUCUGGUUAGGUAUUGUUAUCCCCAUUUUAUUGAUGAGGAAGCCGAGGCACCUUGAUUAAGUCUGAGAGCAGUGGUUAAGAUGGACUUUGGCUCAGAUAGUCCGGUUCUUGCCUGGUCUAGUGGACUUGGCUGCUCUAAGCCUCCACUCUGACCCGUUGGGCCUUAUAAUAGUACCUUCUUAACAGAUUGUUGUGAGGGUUUAAUGGGAUAAUGCAUAUAAACAUUUAGCACAAUGCCUGGCACAUAGUAAGCGCUCAAUAAAUGGUUGGUAUUUUUGUUGAACUCAGUUGGUAGUUUGAGCCCAGGUCAGUGGAUGCCUGAGACUGCAUUCCCAGCUGCUCCUCUGCCAUCAGUGUGCACCCAGACAGCGUGCUCACGGUCUGGAAGCUUGACCAUGCUGUCUUUCUUAGCAAAGCAGUUCAACCUUAAUGUAUAGGGUCUUGGUGCUUCACACCUCAUUUAGAAGGCCACCCUGACAAAAGGAAGUCCUCUGUUCUUGGUGAGAGUGGUUUACGUGAGAGUCUUGCCUGCUUCUUGCUGCCCUGAUCUUGACUGCAGAUGGCAUGGGGGAGGAGACCCUUUGCCCUUGCCAGGGUGGAGCCUCUGCUCCGAGGGCACUGAGGGCCUGUGUGUGACUGUCUCUGGACUGCAUUGCCCCCUCUGGCCAAGGGUUGUUCUCUGCACACAGCUCAAGAGCCUGCAGCAGUUCCCUGUACCAACUGACAUUUUCAGGGGCCAAGAAAGGUGAGGAAAACAAACCUCUGUAGCAGGGUAUAAUAUAGACCAUGGCCUAAGCACUCUGCCCAUAUCCUCACAACAUAAGUCUUGGGUUUUGUGUUUUAUUCUUCUUUAAAAGUAUUAACAGGAUAGAAGCAAGUGACCAGUUGUAAACAGAUGAUGGGGGUGUUCUGUUGGUUUUAGGUUAACAAAGGGUCAAAUGGGUGAUUUAUAAAUGAAAGGCACUGGAUGGAAUGAAACAUGUUUCUUUGAGUUGUCUGAAUGGAGAUGGAGAGUAUGUGGGGUAGAGGAUUCUUCACUUUGAAGGAAUGGUGUUGUGUGACCCACGAAAUUCUCAAACUAAUGGAAUAAUAAUUUAGAACUCCUGGCUUGACCAUGGAUUAUUUCUUGGGGCUUAUUGGGGAAUGAUGACCAGAUCCCAAAUGUCCAUUGCUACUAUUUAAUUAAUGGCCUCUACCCUUCUAUUAAUUAAGGAAGUUAUGAUUAUGUUAUGAGUCCGGAAAAAAAUGGUCGUGGAUGUUUUUACAAGCAGCUGCUGAUCCUGGCUUUGCCCACUGGACUUGGGGUUGCCAGGCUUGUCACUUGAGCCCUCAGUGUUCCAUCUGAUGGACCCAGGCAACUUUUUGUCUACAGAGGAAAAGAUUCCCAACUGAGGGGUAAGGGGCUAUGGGUCAAAAAUGCCCCUCCAGUGGUAUCCAGGGACUUAGGCAGGGCAUAGCUCUCUGCAGCCCUGAAAGGACUUUCCCUGUAAAUAGUGACCAGAGGGUUGAGCUGGGUUUAGCCACCUGGCGAUACUGUCCCAAAUGAAAUUGUAUUUGCUAAUAUCACACACAUUACUGUUUUGCUAUCAGAAUACCUGUUUUCCCACCUCUACUGAGUUUACGUACUAGCUUUGCUGGCUUUGAGCAAAGAAACACCAGAAUGGGAGAGGGGUUAAGAUUUUUAACGGACAGAAUGCAUAUACAUUCUUUGUGUGCUGUUUCCUUUAAAUCGUCCAUAUGCAGAGUGCAGGGAUAGGGGCGGGGUGGGGUAGCCCAGAGUAAGAGGAUGCCCAAGAAGCCACAAGGGCAGCGGGGGGAGGGGAGCACAGGGGUAGGAGGGUGCUGGGAGUGCUGCAGUUAAGGGCAGAACAGAGACCAGCCACGUGAUCGCUAGCCCCUUGAUCGCUAGCCCCGUAUCCCUGUAUCUCAUGUGGGUAUGGGGACAAGGGAGGGCAGCCGCAAAGGGGACCUCUUGACUGGGCUGAGAAAACCCGUCUGGGGAGAUUUAAAGCCUAUGGAUUGUCUUCUGGAGUUGAUUUUUUUUUACCAGGCUCUAAUUUUUAUUGAUGUUUUUAAUACCUUCCAAAACAGGAGGGGAAGACCAAAGUGAUAGAGGCAGGAGUGGUGCUCAGCAAGCCCCUGUGCUGAAGAGUCAGGGGACUCCUGGUGUUCUUGGGCGAGCUGGGUACAGCUAUAGGCAUCCUUCCUGGUUCUGCCCACUCUGAGGAUCUCCUGAAUGUGAAAAUUUCCCAAAACAUGGAAAUGGCCUUACCCCUUUGGGGAACUGUCUGUGCUGGGGGUGCCAGGCAGUGACAUGUGGCAUAUUCCUGCUGAUGGUUGUACCACCCAGAGAUCAGCCCUGCAUUUUGCCUUGGUCCUGCUCCCUCCCUUUUUGUGUAUGGUCAAGGUGGAAGUCAGUUGUCCUGCUCUCAUAGACUAGGUGUUACUAUUCUGUUUUCUUUCCACCCUCAGAUCCUGGGUUACCUUGAGGCAGCUCCUGGGUGUGUGUGGAGCCCAUGUGGUGACCUUAGGGCCUCCCCAGUUAGGUAUGUGCCUGUGUGCUCCUGCUGCACUGUUUAGCCACCUUAGUGUUUCACUAUAUCGAUGUGUUUGUACCACAGCUGACCUUUCUCUGUGCACUGUUUGAUCAGUGUUGAAAAUUCAUGUAGAUUCUUUGUAAAUGCAUUGUCAGAACAUGAUAUACUGUACAUUGGAAAGUAUUUACCUUAUUUAUAUACCUGAAUGUUCCUAUCAUACAAAUAAACAUAUAUUAAAUUCUA